AUGGUGGACAACUCUUGCCCUGGAAAUGCUGCUGCCAUUCCAGCUGUGCCCACCAUCUCCAUCUGCCCAAAGGACGGCAGCUUCCGCGAUGCUAUCUGUUUGCCUAGUUCCUGUAGGAGCAGAACGUGGCAACUGGUUACAUGCCAAGAAAACUGUCAGCUCUGCAGCAGUGCCCCCAGUGGCUGCGAACCUGCUGCUUGCCAGCCUCCCUACCGUCCAGCAACUUCUUGUGUGGGCUUUGUAUGCCAACCCGUUUGCUCCUGUACUACCUGCUAUGGAUCUGGCACUGGUCAGUCUCCUUGUCCGGUUAGCUCAUGCCAGCCCUCAUGCUUGGAGUCCACCAGUGGUGCAGCAAAGGGCGGCGAAGCCAGCCCCUCCCAGCAAAGCUCCUGCCAGGAGCCUGUCUACCUGUCCGGAUCAUGCCAGGCAGCUUGUGGCCAACUGGUCUGCUGUGACAUUAGGUCCUAUGAGCCAUCCUGCUCUGAAGGAACCUCCUGUCCAGAAGCAUCUUGCCCACCAACCAUCUGUGCAGCAAGCCCAUGCCAGCCAACCUGCCGCCAACCAGGUUCAUGUCAACCCAUUAGUGGUGAAGACCAGCCCUCUACCUCAAUGUAUUACCAACCUAUCUGCUACAUUUUCAAGCCUUGCCAAUCAGUUCCCUGCCUGUCUGUUCCCUAUCAGCUCUCUACUUAUGUGUUCAGUUCUUGCAACCCUACUUGCUGGGCGUCCUCCCCUUGCCAGAGCCUCCAUUGCCAACCAGCUCCUUCCAUAUCCUUCGUCUGCCAGCCAGUGGCUAACUGCCAGCCACCUUGUUCUGUCAAGAACCCUUACAAACCAGCUUCCUGUGGCACUGUGCUUUCUGGCCAACCAACCUGUGGCGAACCCACUUCCUGCCAUCAAAGUGGCUGCAAAUCUCCUUCUUGCCAACCAGUCUGCUGUGUGACAGGUUUUGACAAAUCAUCCAGUGGAGGCUCCAAUUGCUUCCAACACACUGCCCCAAGUCUCUGCAGAGCCAGCACCUGCUUGCCGACCUCCUGCCCACCCAGCCAGGACUCCAGCUUCUGUAAGGCCAAGCUUCCUUGA